CGACGCCAUUGACAGCAUGAACGUAUCACGGCUUGCCGGCUUGUUCGGCCUCCUCCCGGCCACGGCGUGGAGAUCAGCAAGAUCACCCCUUCUGUGUCAUUCUUUGAAGAAAACAAGUUAUUCUCAAGAAGGAAAGUCUGAACCUGUCAAACAAUCCCUUAAGAAGCCAAAGUUUCCAGAAGGUCGUUUUGAUGCACCAGAGGAUUCCCAUUUAGAGAAAGAACCACUGAAAAAAUUUCCAGAUGAUGUUAAUCCAGUUACCAAAGAAAAAGGUGGACCCAGGGGCCCAGAACCUACCCGAUAUGGAGACUGGGAACGAAAAGGACGCUGUAUUGAUUUUUAAGUCACAUCUUCUUUAAUUUCAGUAUUGUUUUCUGAGUAUUUAUAUCUGAAUUAACUUAGUUUUGAUUAUUUUCUUUCUUUGUAUCCUUUAAGUCAUCUAAUUUCUAUAACAUGUUUAAAAAUAUGUAUGAUGGCUUUGGAAGAAAAUAUGCUGCUAUAAAUUAGGAAAGGAAAAAUAGAUUAGCACAUAUUAACUUUAACUCAAAUGUAUUGAGGUAUGUAAAUGGUGAUUAGAGCUGCAAACCUUUACUUCAUCAUUUUUCAGCUUAAAUUAAUCAGCUGCUUGUAAAAUGCACAUGUAAAUAAAAUUAUUUUUUUUAAAA